AAAAAAUAAUAAAUUUAACCUUUUUAAAAAAAUUCAGCUUAUUUUCAGAAAAAAAAACUCACCCCGAUAAUGUUGAUUUUGAUAUAGGAGGUUUAGCCAAUGGCGUUACAGGUCUCAAUGCAGUAUUUAACUGCACUUCAAUUUGUGCACUGUUAUCAAAUGAUGGGCAGAAUAUUAACAAGAUUAAACCCUAUCAAUCUGUACUGGCUUGCGUGACCUUUGGAAUAGGGCUGGUACAUAUUUAGCCGUGCACUACGGUGCUCAUAAUAAACAGUGCAUGAUUCAGAGUUUGCAAAUGGAAAAACAGCACGGGCUUGUGAUCGCGAAUCACUUGUGGUGAAAAAAGGAAGAUCCAGUUGGGUUUGGUGGUCACAUGCUGUUCAAGUUGACAGUUUAGUCAGACAAUUAGCCUCAUUGUGGGGCUGGCUUCAGAAGGAAGUGCAUUGUUGCCUGUUUUUGGUGUGAAAAACAAAUCAACAUAUUACAAAGUACACAGAUUUCCUCAUCUGAUCGGGAGUUUCCAAAACCAACAAGCUGCACCGAGUCAGUAGAUUUCCUGAAUAUUUGCAGUUGAAUGCACCGGUGAUAUAAAUAGAGGAAGUACUUGCAACUGAUUGUUCAAGGAAUAUCACCAAUAUGGACCACUUUGCAAAGUCAUUCAUUGAUGAGACUGGGUAUGCAGAGCUGAAGAAGCACAUGAGACAAGCCACGGACUUCAGUUCCUCAGUGAUGAGCAUCUUCCAAGAAAGAGCUGAAAUAGAGUCUACCUAUGCCAAAAGUAUUGCCAAGCUGAACGCCAAGGCCCUGAAAUGCAACAAAGAUGCCACAGGAUCAUUAAUGGCUGCAUGGAAUAUUUUUUGUGGACAUCUCAACAACGAAGCAGAACAUCACAAAGUAUCAGCUGAGUGUCUUCAUGAGGACAUCUACAAAAGACUCAAGACCUACUUUGAUAUGCACAUGAAAGCUCGAAAAACGGCAGAGGCGAAUGUCGACAAGGCGUGCAAGGCAUGGCAUGACAAGCGGGCUGAAAUGGUGAAGGCUAAGAAGGUGACCCACUCCAAGACCAAGGAGAGCGAAGGGAUGCAAGCUAUCUUGGAGGAUCCCACCGCCAAAGGGAAGGUGCUUUCAGACAAGGAGCUGGGAAAGCUACAAUCCAAGAGCAGAAAAGCUGACGAGGCGGCAUCCAAGGCGGACAUGGACUACCUGAACCUCACCAAGGCCACUGAGAGAGCGAGGCACGAGUUUGAGAAGGUCCUCCGCCAGGCGGUGACCACGCUGGAGAAGCUGGAGAAGGAGAGGAUCGGGCAGCAGAAGGAGGUGAUGUUGUCCUACUCGGCUUGCCUGUCCAAGAUGUUGGAGCCACUGCAAAAGGAUAUCAGCGAGAUGACGCACGCAGUGACCUGCAUUAAUCCUGAUACUGAUGUCAUGGCCAUAGCUCAGCAUAAAAGUCGCCAUGGAGAACACGUCUCCCAAGUCCUGUACGACCCUUACGAGGAGGAUUUGUCCAACAGCAUGACCCUGAACAGGCGACGUCAGUCUCUCCACAGCAAGCUGCAAGCUCUGGACAGCGAGAUCCAGAAGGAGACGAAGGUCAAAGCGGGCAUAGCUCGUCUGUCGGGCGCUUACGCCGACAACCCAAGCUAUGCAGACGCCAACGCCAAGGAAGAUGUUGUGCAGCAGAUGGGCCAUUCGGAGGAGAUGAUCAAUAUGCUUCGCGCCAGCAAGUUCAAGAUCAUGGCAGCCAUCGCCCUGAUGGACAAAAAGCCCAAGCCCAGCGAUGACAUCAGCUCCUUCAUCAAGACGGAGAAAGACAAGCACCAAGGAGUGAAUGUUAGUGUCUUGAAGAUGCCUCGGCCAACUGCUCCGAUGUCAUCAGUGAGUGAGGUGGAUGGGCGGGGAAUGGCCGAUGGUGCUCACAAUUUACCGUUGAGCCCGUCUGAUAGCAAUAGUGUCAACAGUUUCGAUGGAGAGCAAGUGCGGCCCGUGAUCGGACAGUGCAUGGCUAAGUUUGACUAUGAGGCUCAAGAACCGGAGGAAAUAUCGCUAAAAGAAGGGGAUGUCAUCAAUGUCAUCCAGAAAUUCGAUGACGGAUGGUGGUUUGGAGAGAUCGGUGGACAACGGGGCAACUUCCCUGGUUCCUAUGUCGAUUUACUAUGAAGCUAAGUCUUGCUUUGCUCAAGCUCAACAUCAGGCAGGGAACCAGCGAACCGUAAGUUUACACGGAAUGGGAUAAAUUGUGUAAUUCCUUUUUUUAUGCAGGCAUAAUUUUACAUGUUGUUUAUCCUCUGUCAACAAAAGGCCACUUCUAAAGCCUGACCCCACCGAUUCCUAACAUUUUUGCAUUUUGUAAUAAAUAAUACAUCAGAAACAAGAACGUUGACACACCUGGCCUGCCACUGUUAAUUUUUUUUCCUUGAAAGGUAUAUCUUAGAAGUUUGAUCACGGUCUUGCAUUUGCGGACAGUGAAAUGUCCACAUACAGGAUUCCCCAGUCAUGGAAAAUCCUGGGAAAAUAUCAUAAAAACCAAAGAACUUUUCUCUACAAAACGGUGUUGAUGUCAUGGAAGUUGUGAUAUUUUAGUCCUGGGAAACGUCCUGGUAAAGUCAUGGAAUUUGGUUUUUGAAUUUCCGUGGGAACCCGGUAUGCAGAUUGUAUUUAUGGGCAUUUAUCAUGGUGAUUUUUACUCAGAAACAACGUACAAGCAUGGAGAAAGAGGUUUGGAUUAUGUAUGCAGUGUAAGGGCAUUUAUUCAACCAGCAGUACACAGAAAAAUGUACCAGAAUGUACACUCUGCCAAGUAUUCAAUUUAGGAUACAAAAGAAUGAAUAUUCAUGAGUGCAAUGGUAAGAAUAUUGUCAUAGGUUGGAAGAUGGAAUGUUCCAUUCAACUCGCCUGCGGCUUGUUGAAUGGAACAUUUCAUCUUUCAAUUCAUGAAAACAUUCUGACCUUCGCACUCAUGAAAAACAUUCUCUAUUUGUUUUAUAUAACAUCUAAGUAGAUCUUUGUCAUAUCAUUGGAGGGCAACAUUUAUAAAAUAUGUAAAUAUAAAUAAGGUACUUUUCUUCUGUCAUCUGCUUUUUUCCUGGUCCAUUAUAUAGAUUUCUUCAAACUUGGUGUCCAAUUGAAAAGUUAAAGCGAAAAGACAAAAUUUCCUCUUCAUUCAGCAACAGGAAAUUGCUUGAACCCGCCGCCAUUUUAGUGACCAUGGGCAUAACAAGUGCCCUCUGUUGACCAGUUAUGUAUUGAAGUCCUUCGCGUGCAAUAGAUCAAACUGUGCAUGUGACCAAAAAUGCAGAGUGUAUAUAACAAAUUUCAACGUUUAUGACGUUAGCCGUGAAAUAGCCUGUUUAUAAAAUAUCAAAUGACCUACAAUCCUCCAAUCAAAUGACAAGGAUCUAUAAAAAUACAUAUAUAACCACUUCCAAAAGCAUUUAAGACAACAUAUAUGUAAAUUUCAUACACAUAGAAAGUACUCUACUCUGUAAAUACUAUGAGAGAUGCGGUUUAAUGGUUUGGACUUCGGUUUUUGGCUUUUCUUUUUUAAGAGUGCAUUUGAUUAUUACAUCUUUGUUUUCAUUUACAUGUACGUGUAGUUGGCUUUGAAUAUUCAUGUCAUGAAGAUAUUUCAGUGCUGCAGAAGUAAGUAAUAGGAGUUUCAGUGAUGGGGAGAUGCAUAUCAAGUACACAAAACUUCUUUUUUUCCCGACAAAUUAGUGACCAAAUAUCGAAUGCAUAAGCAUUGGACAUGGUCGGAACAUCUACAGAGCAAAAGUGUCCAAUUCUUCCAAAGGAUUCCGACCAUAUUUCACAAAAUUUAGACUUUACAGAGUGACAAUGCUGUCGCUGGUGCAUGUAGUUUUAGUGUAGCUCUACUUGUUUGAUACUGGGAUUGCUAUUUCAACAGUGCUUUGAAAAGAUGUGGUACUUUGACAAGAUAUGGUACUUUCACAAGACAUGGUACUUUGACAAGAUGUGGUACUUUGACAAGAUUUGGUACUUUGAGAAGAUAUGGUACUUUCACAAGACAUGGUACUUUGACAAGAUAUGGUACUUUGACAAGAUGUGGUACUUUGACAAGAUGUGGUACUUUCACAAGACAUGGUACUUUGACAACAUAUGGUACUUUAACAAAAUAUGGUACUUUGAGUAGACUUUUUUCCCGGUCAUGCAGUGCAGUACAACAUCAAAAAUGUAGAUUUUUUCUUCUGACCUAAAGUCAAAGUUUUCUUAGUUUUAUUAAAAAUGCAAGUUUUACUCUUGAAGAAGUAAGGUUUGGUCCAAACUUAAAUUUUGGUAAAAAAUCAGAUAUUUAAGCUAGUUACAGAAUUGUUACCAGUUUUGAUGAAAACAUGGUUUAACUGAGAAACAAAACCUCAGAUUUUGCCAAGGUUUUAUGAAGUGCAAGAGUAACCUUUUGCCGAUUUGAAUUUUCACCCAAAUUUUAUAAAAAUGCAACAGUAACCCUUGCAAUUUUUAAUUUCGGAUCAAAAUCAGAUUCUGCCCAGAUCUAAUCAGAAUGAUAGGCUUACCCCUACAGAUAUGACCUUUUGAUGAAAAUCAGAUUUUUGCCUUUAUUUAAUAAAAUGAAAAGUUAACCCCUUGCAGAGUGAAAUUUCAGACCAAAAUCAGAUUUUGCCCAAAUUUACGAAAAAAAUAAGAGUUACCCCCUGCACUUUUCAAUUUUAGACCAAAAUCAGAUUUUGCCCAAUUUUAAUAAAAAUACAAGAGUAACCCCUUACAGUUGUGAAUUUGUGACCAAAAACAGAUUUUGCCCAAAUGUAAUACAAAAUGCAAGGGUAACCCCUUAUAGAUUGGAAUUUGUGACCAAAAUCAGAUUUUGUCCAAAUUUAAUAAAAAUACAAGAGUAACCCCUUGCAGUUGUGAAUUUGUAACCAAAAUCAGAUUUUGGCCAGAUUAGAUAAAAAGCAAGAAGUUAACCUUGCAUUUUUAUUAAAAUUGGGCAAAAUCUGAUUUUGGCCAGAUUAAAGAAAAAGCAAGGUUAACCCCUUGCAGUUUUUAAUUUGUGACCAAAAUCAGAUUUUGCCCAAUUUUAAUAAAAAUACAAGAGUAACCCCUUGCAGUUGUUAAUUUGUGACCCAAAUCAGAUUGUGCCCAGAUUCAAUACAAAUGCAAGAGUUACCCCCUUACAGAAAUGAAUUUUUGACAAAAACACAUUUUGCCCAAAUGUAAUACAAAAUGCAAGGGUAACCCCUUAUAGAUUGGAAUUUGUGACCAAAAUCAGAUUUUGUCCAAAUUUAAUAAAAAUACAAGAGU